AUGGGAGGAUUUUUGUCUCAUUUGACUCCAGAGGAGAAUAUUGAAGUGGUCAAUGCCACAUGUGGUCCAGUCAGAGGAAAUGUUUAUAAACAUAAUGAUGUCAUCGUAGAUGGUUAUCUUGGAAUACCGUAUGCCAAGCCUCCGGUAGGAGAACUUCGUUUCAAGAAACCGGUCCCAGCUGAUACGUGGACAGAGCCCAGAGAUUGUUUCAAAUAUGGUCCAGUUUGUGUCCAAACUGGAGGUUUUGCAGACAUUGCCGGUGAAAGAUCAGUCACUCCUGAAGAAGCGGGAUGUCUAACUUUGAAUGUUUUCUCUCCAAGAGCUCCGUCUUCUGAAUUCAAGUCUGGACGCCCAGUGAUGGUGUACAUCCAUGGUGGAGGUUUUGAACUAGCUGGCUCAUCCGAUUUCUGUGCAUACUCACUCUCCGGAACACUUCCACUGAAAGAUGUCGUUGUUGUGACCAUCAAUUAUCGUCUCGGAGUUUUCGGAUUCCUUACAACUGGUGAUAACGCUUGCCAUGGAAACAUGGGUCUUUGGGAUCAGACUCUCGCCCUCAAAUGGGUUCAAAAGAACAUUCCCUCGUUUGGAGGGGAUCCAAAUUGUGUUACAGUUUUUGGACAAAGUGCUGGAGGAGCCAGUACGGACUUACUUUCAUUGAGUCCACAGUCUAGAGAUCUUUUCCAAAGAUUCAUUCCAAUGUCUGGAUCGGCGCAUUGUGAUUUUGCUAUCAGAACUGCUGAGAAUCAAGCACAGAUCUUCAGAGAAUUCGCCCAGCAUCAUGGAUUUGCUGGUGGUGAUUCAGAGGCUCUUUUCAAGUGGUACAAGGAACAAUCUGUUGAAACUUUGAGCAAUGUGAAGAAGUUUAAGAAGACACCUUCUGGAUUUCUGACAUUUAUUCCAAAUUUAGAUGGAGAUUUUUUCCCAAAACCAUUGGAUGAGUUGAGAAGAGAAGCACCGAAAAAACAAAUGAUGAUUGGAGUUGUGGAAUAUGAGGGACUGAUGUUGGCUAUGAUGAAUCCAGCUUUUGCACCACCUGAUGAAGGUCUGAAAAUUGCUCCAAAAGGUCUUUACGGCAAAGAUGUUGUCAGUAAUCCAGAAGAAACUCAGAGACUUUUCUACGAGAAGUACACAGAAGGCGUUGAUAAAUCCGAUGAAAACGCUAUGAAAAAGAAACUUUGUGAAGCUAUCGGAGAUGAGUUUUUCAAUGUUGGAAUUCUUCAAGCUGCAAAAUCAGCUGCUAAACAUGGAAAUGAAGUGUAUCUGUAUACAUUUGCCUAUACGAAUCCUGAAGGUUUCGGGAUGUGGGAUGGCAUGUUGCCUUUCAAAGCGGCUGUUCACUGCACCGAACUUCGUUAUCUUCUCGGAGAAGGCGUCUAUUCGAAAUUCGAUGCAUCGGAAGAGGACCUGAAAGUUGUUGAGACUACUACCACGCUCUUCUCCAAUUUUGCUAAAUACGGAAAUCCUAACGGCAAAGGAGCAACAUCCAACGAAUGGGAAAAAUACAACUUGGAGAGCCCGGAAAGACAUUUCCACAUAUCUUAUCCACUCUGUGAGAUGAGAGAUGUAUAUCACGAGGGAAGGAUCGGAUUCCUGGAGAAACUUGAUGGAGAGAGUGACAAGUAUCAAGAAUUGAUUUACGGAAGGAAGAAGUCUGCGAAAAUCUGA